GUUUUUGGAAGUGAUAAGAGUGUUAUUGAGUGAAAUUUGUAAUUUCUAAAGUAAAAUGGAAAGGAUGGCGAAAAAUAAGAAUUGGGACUUACAAUACUAAAGUAAAAUUGAAUCUGACCUCAAAAUCUGAAUCACCAGGCAAAAGCAGCCAAAAGACAAGCAUCCAAGAAGAAAAAUGAAAAAAUUGUGCUUCAAGGAGGCCCCUACGAAGGCGAAUAAUAAUAAUACCAAAAAAAGCAGUUGAUUUGUUUACCAAAACCAAAAUUAAAAGUCAAUAUCAUCAGUGUAACUGAUAUUACCUCCCCAUGUUCUGCAUUCUGCAUUCUAUUUGGCGGCCACGAUCAGAAACUGUGUAUUGAUUUCCCUGUAAUGAAACAGUAGUAUCAAUGGGGCGAGAAGGUUACGUUGUUCCAGUCGACCCUAAUUUGGGCGUUGUUCUAAAGAAGAAAACUGCGUUAAGCUCACGCAGUUGGAUAUUGCUUGAUUCAACUGGUCAGGGUACAAAUCUUGAUCUCGAUAAGUAUGCUAUUAUGGAUCGUGUUCAAAUUCAUGCUCGUGAUCUUCGUAUUCUAGAUCCUCUUCUCUCUUACCCUUCUACUAUUCUGGGUCGUGAGAAAGCAAUUGUUUUAAAUUUGGAGCAUAUCAAGACAAUCAUCACAGCUGAUGAGGUUUUGCUUCGAGACCCUUCGGAAGAAAAUGUAAUUCCUGUUGUUCAAGAACUUCAGAGGCGAUUAUGUCCUGCAAGUUCUGCACUUAGAGUUCAAAGUGAUGGGAAGGAGUUGGGAGGACAUGAUGUGGAAGCUACAGAAGAAGAUGAAUCUCCCUUUGAAUUCCGUGCCCUUGAGGUGGCUUUGGACUCAAUCUGUAGCUUUCUUGCUGCACGUACUACUGAACUAGAAGCGGCCGCUUAUCCUGCCUUGGAUGAGCUCACUUCCAAGAUUAGUAGUAGAAACUUAGACAGAGUAAGAAAACUGAAGAGUGCAAUGACGAGGUUGACUGCUCGUGUUCAGAAGGUGAGAGACGAGCUUGAACAACUUUUAGAUGAUGACGAUGAUAUGGCCGACCUUUACUUGUCCAGAAAGUUGGCUCCUUCUUCUCCUGUAAGUGGAUCAGGAGCAGCUUGGUUCCCUGGUUCUCCUACAAUUGGCUCUAAAAUAUCAAGAGCUAGUAGAGCUAGUGUGAUCACUGGUCGUGGUGACGAGAAUGAUGUGGAGGAACUUGAGAUGUUGCUAGAGGCUUACUUCAUGCAAAUUGAUGGGACAUUGAAUAAAUUGACAGCGCUUCGUGAAUAUAUAGAUGACACUGAGGAUUACAUCAACAUUCAGCUUGACAAUCAUCGAAACCAGUUGAUUCAGCUGGAGCUCUUCUUAAGUUCUGGAACUGUUUGCAUAUCAAUAUACUCUUUGGUGGCUGCAAUUUUUGGAAUGAAUAUACCUUAUACAUGGAUGUCCGAUCACAGCUACAUUUUUAAAUGGGUUGUCAUACUUUCAGGACUAGUUUCUGCAAUAUUGUUUGUAGUUAUUAUGUCAUAUGCACGAUUUAAAGGUCUUGUGGGAUCAUGAGAUUAGUUUAACUAAAUUAAUCUUUUCCUUCGAGAUUGAUUUAGAGGUCUCGAUUUAUACAUGCAUUGUUUCCGUCUCUCCUAGUCUUUGUGGAUUACCGAACAGGCUUAACUUCACUGAUGUCGAGCCACGCAGCCAUUUCAUGGCUUCUUGUACCGAUAUUGAUACCAAAAUACAUUCAACAAGACACAUUGUCGUUGACUGUACUUCUACAUCAGAAGAACCUCUGGAGGUUCGCAGUUUGCACAGGCAUUUGUAGUUUUUGUUUUGGAUGUUCUCUUGUAAAUUUAGGUAACCUCACAUAUAUAAUGUGAUCUUGUGAAUGCUACUGCCAAAUUCAGACUGCCGGAAUUGUAUUACUCCUAUGUUGUUCCUGAUGUGUUAAAUAAACCUCACAUAUUAUAUGCUC